UGGUUGACAGACGCAUUGUCGAACUAGUAGAACUUGUACAUUGGAGUGAGGCACUUCUACCCAGGAUCGCGCAGUCAGCCAGCAUUACGAGUGAUUUCCGAGACACCGCGCAGGUCUCCUAAGCUGACUUCCAAAUUCGGACGCAUCCUACGAACUGAACAGACGACUAUUCAAAACCAUUGGACUUGAGUGGAGGUGUCCAUGUAACUUGGGUCGAGUGCUCCGAUUGGCACCAAGGUGUGCAUGUGGGCAUGGGAUAAGCGGGCUCAUUUGCCCUCCUUGAUGUUUUUGGUCUGUCCCCUAAGAUCUUAGUCGUUGUGUAGCCUUCAGAGUGGGUAAAAGGUUUAAUCAACGAUGUUAGGCGUGAGUGUGUGGGAAAUGGUGGUGUCCACUGCCUCUGCUCAAAUUUGAUGCCACAAGGAACCUGCCUGCCUGAAUGACUGCCGAAGUUUCGAGCUCGGCUUGACCAUGAGUAGUAAUUAAAGGAAACUCGCUGCAAACACUUUCUUCAUGUGCUUUUCGUCAACGGUUGUCCAAGAGCAACCACGGAUGCAUCGUUGGGUGGCUCAAAGUGGAAUUGUUCUCAUUAAAUGUGCCGUUGGUGGUGACCUGUCAGAAUGUUUCUUUCUUUAUCGUGCUUUGACAUCUGAGCAAGUCGAGCAAGAGAAGCAGAAGAAGCAAGAAUGCUUCACGACUUUGACUUAGAAGCAAUGUCAAAUACGCCAACGACACCGAACACAACAACAAUAACAACAACAACGCCAGUAACCACAAUGCGUUCUCGCCGAAGACGAAGCCACCAUUUCCAUCAUCAUCGUCAUCAUCAUCGUCAUCAUCAUCAUCCUUUCUCGCACAGCUUCUCCUACUACCAACUCGUUUUCUUAUGUCUUCAAUUCCUUCUGGCCCUUGGACGAGCAGAAUGCCAACUUCCCCCAGAAUGGUUUGGAAGAUGGUUCCACCUGGGAUUCUCCGAGCCUCUCCAAAUCUCGGCUCCCGAAAUCCAACACAAAGGAUUCUGCGUCCAACAAAACGUCGACAAAAACAUGUUCCUUAUGCGAGACAGCGGGAAUUCCUUUAGCAGUUGCUAUCGCUGUAUGAUGAUCUACGAGAAGCAUUUCAACGUCCUACAAUACAAAGAAAGCUAUUGCGAGGAGAACAUCCAGUCGAUGGAAGCUCUGUGCAAUACCAUUCCCGGUGACGCCCCACUCUACACCAUGUUCAGGAAGGAUGCCCAAUUGGUGAAGUGUCCAUUUCGGGGCCCUCAUUCCUUCAGUUACAGCAAGGGCGAUGGGAGUCAAGUGUGCGAAUAUCCCUCCUCCUACAUGGACACUUGCAGUGGGAAUCGAAGGAUCCAACUCCAAUAUCAAGCUUGUCUGGAUGUGGAGGGCUCGGAAAUUGCCCAGGAGGAGCUCUCGUGCCUGGCCACUUGGAAAGAGGGUUCUUCGCAUUACCUCGUGGCCUCCAUGAAUCACAGCCACAUCUAUACCGAUAACGAACGCUACAGAUGCUUUGUCUACCAACGCCAAAGACCGCAUCACCAACAGAAUCACCAUCAUCAUCAUCAUCAAAUCCUCGAAGAUGAGGGAACAGGGCCCAAUGAUUCCCCCGAGGUCAUCUAUAAGAUGGCACAAUCCAAUCAGGCCUCGUGUCUUGGACUCUGGAGCGUGGAUGAGGGAUACAAGACUUUCACUUUCAAGAAGCUGCAAAAUGAGGGUGACCAAUGUGUGUUUCCGUCCUGGUUAAGUACCCACCAUGAAUGGGUCUCCGUGGACGAGUCCACCUCGAUUCAUCUGAACAAGAAAGAGCAUUCCCUGAAAAUGACCAAUCACACCUCCGGGAUUCUCUCCCACGUCACGUGCCACAAGGUGGAAACACCCGCCAAAGGCGUGGCCAGGGUCGUAGCUCACGUCAAGGCUGAAUGUGAGAGCGGGUACGUGUGUAUGGAGUUCCAUAUGCGUGACAAACACGUGGUCCAAGUUCGCCAUGGAGGCCAAUCUCGUCAUCCAUCAGAGGCUUGUGGAAGAUAUUACUUUGACCGCGAUCUCAGUCCCAUGACGACCCUCGUAUCCAAGCAUCAUAGUUCCACUUUGUGUCCGUUCUCAGGUCGAUACACUUUGAGUGGGCCAAGGAACUCGAUUAGGCCACUCUUAUCGGAGGAUAUCGCUCGUCGACUCGAUGAUGAAGACGACGCCGAUCAUUUCGGAGCAUUGGAACAAUAUGCACAACCUCAGCAUCAUCUGAGUAAUGGUGAUGAUGGGGUGGAAGAUGAGUGUUCCUCCAUAUCUUUGGUGAUGCAUGCAGGUUGUGGGGAGACGGCCACCUCGUCAGAACUUCAAAUGGAGGCCAUCUGUCACAACCUUCGCGGAGGUUCGAAGUCCACCUCGAUAUCUCUUUCCAAAGGGGUCCGCAGCAAAUUCCGAUGUCAUGGACGAUGGAGCGAGAAAUCGUCGUCCUCCGGAGAUCGUCAAGUGAUCGUGCUCUCUAAAGGUGCCAGCUCGCAGACGAUGAUCAAAGACAAUUCUCUGGCCUCAGAGCAUCUCUGCUUGUCCUACAUUGAACGCGAUGGCCUCUUGACGGGCUACGCGAGUCUCUCUGCUUGUACGGACACAACCUCGACGUAUGUCAACUAUUUUAAUAUGAGCUCGAGUGGGCCUUGUCUUCAGGCAUUGACGGGAAAUGCAAUGUCCACCUGGAAUCCUUCUUGGGCCAUGAUGGUUCCAUCCAUGGCUUUUGUGGCACUCGCGGCCCGUCUCUUCUCCCUUGUCUAACUGUGAUUUUUCUCAUCCCCUCAAUCCAAGGUCAUUCCCAUUUUUCACGAAAAAAAACCAAGCUUGUCCUAAGAACCGUCUUCAUUACUUAUCAGCUCAUCUUGAUGUUCUUUUAUUUCCAACGUGAACUCUCAAGUUUUGUGGUAAUGCAGCAUGAAUUCCAAAACGAAAAUGAGAUCGUUCCUUUCCCUUCCCCCCCAAAAGAAGAGCACCAAACUUGACCCACGUGAUUCCGAUAGUCCAAGCCAGACAACCAAAUCAAAAUCGCAGACCAUCCAAGUGUAGUUGCUUCUUUUCGAUCAUUUGCAUGAUGUGCCAACCAACCAAUUGCAACCAGCAUGACGACCAAAGUGGUUGGUAGUUGAUAUCUAUUGCAGAGAUCUGCUCAAGAGAGAUGGGAACCAACCAGAACUAGAAUCUGCUCUCAUUCGGUGUAUUCGUGUGUGUUUGCGUGAAGUGCCUUUGUUGUCAAAGUGAGGACCCAACGAAUACGAUAAUUAUCCAUUACUUCAACCCCCAUUCUCUUUCUUCAAGGCCCCCCUUCGUAUGCUCUAAAUGAACUAACUAACACACACACAAGUGACAUCCUAGAAACCGCCCUCCCAUCAUCCCUGUCUCUUUCUCUGAUCUCAUUCGUAUCAAACCCCCUGAUUACCCCUUCAUUAGGAAACCCUAUUUUGUACGAGUAUCUGUGUCCUCAAACUACCGAGUAUUACUUCAUUAGCCUGGCCCCCAUGCGUCUAUACGUACCUACGUAGUAUACAGUGCUUGUGUUGUAUCUUACCACCAUUUCUAUUCUGCCUGGCUGUGAAUUCUCGAACAUUAUCAUCAUCAUCAUCAACAUAAUUACAACUACCACUAUUAUCGGUACCACUUCUGUAAUAUUUACAAUGUGUCUUGACGGUGGGUCAUUGCAGGUAGGUACGUACAUACCACUCCCAAAUAUUUGUCAUUGUGUUUUUUGAUCCUCUCUCUCGUCCUUGUUUUACUUUGGUCUCCUUUUUGACUCUCGUGCUGUGAUCUUUUCAAAGAUUUCAUUAUGUAUUGCUACUACAUCAACCAUGAAAUAUACGAACGUCUACCACCCUAAUGAAA